AAAAAAACAUAAACAAACACACGUUGCCGCACGGCAGCAACCGAUUAAAAUUGUGUUGCUUAGUGAAAAUACGUGAACAAUUCCGGAAAAUGAGUUCCAAAAGAGGCGACACCCGUCGUACACGUGCCCAAAAGCACCAGAAUACGUACGCGUUCAAGAACAACCUGCACGACAAGCACACACCGCUGAUAAAGCUCAUCACCAACCUGAACGUGUGCGAAGUGUGCGAGCACUGCAAGAGCAUCAUCGACUGGAAGAUCAAAUACCGCAAGUACAAACCGCUAACGCAACCCAAAUCGUGCAGCAAGUGCGGCGAGCGAAAGGUAAAGCGGGCGUACCAUGUCAUCUGUCGCGACUGUGCCCUGGCCAGCAGGUGUUGCGCGAAAUGCCUCAAGUCAGCGGACGAGGCGAGCAUCAUUCCCCCGGAACCGACGGAGCAGGAACAGAUCAAGCUGAAGGCGGAGAUGGAUCAGCUGAUCAAAUCGUUGCCGGAGCGCAAGCGGAGAACGUUCCUGCGCUACAUGAACCGAGGCCAGAAGAUGAAGCAGAAGAACGGAGCAGCCAAUCUGGAGGAUUCGGACGAGGACGAAAACGAUGGUCGACAGCGAAAGCCGAACGGGAUGGAGAUGGCACGCACCAGGGAAGAAUUGCUGGAAAAAUUCGAACAGCUGAAGCUAGCGACCGGCAAGGAUGGCCAGGAGGGCGACGACGAUUACGACGAUUUGGAUGAUUUCAGCAGCGAUGAUGAGGAUUACGAAGACUACAGCGAAGAAGACGAGUCGAAAAGCUCCGGCACGAAAUAAAUGCACUUGAAAGGGA